AUGGAUGCGUUGAACAAGAAAUUCGGUGUUCCGGAUGACUACGUCUUUAUAAUCGACAUACGUUCGGUAAACAAUACCAUAAUAAACGAGAGUGUGCAGGACAUGAGACGUGCACUCAUUGAAAAUGCAAGCGUGGUGUGUGAUCGGUCCACAGACAGUGCCCGGAUGAUGAUUAGCAACAUAUCCCGGACUAUCAGGAGCAACUUUUUUUUUUAUCUCAGCAAGGGAAUCCGUGUGUUCCUUGAUGUUGAAGUGCCGGUCUGUCUUUUCAAUUAUAAGAAGCGGCUCAUGGAUGAGAUCAAAAGGAUCUCGGAAGAGACUAACGUGCUAGUGUUUUUGCAGAUAGGCAAUGAUGAGAGUAGAAAUGAGGAGUGCAGCGGUACAGCGACGGGACAAGCAGGCAUCACUGAGGAGCUCUAUGGUAGUUUAGAGUCGCUGAAGUUCGAGACGGAUGAUGUAAAGCCCUACGGUGACGAGGCCCCGUACAUCUACGAGAAAAACUGCGAGAAAACGAACAUUAAACGCUUCAGCGAAUCACCGAACUGUUACUGCUUCAGGGCCUAUGAUACCGAAGCAUACGAGAAAGAUGCUUGUGAGUGCGAGCGCUAUGGUCGGAACGAUCCCAGAUCAGAAAGCUUUCCAAACUACGACUACAACGAAGAUCUUCUGUGCUCCUCGCCCCUUUCGAAUAACGAAUCUUUGUUCUCUGAUUCAUCAGGCCAUGUCGAGGACGACCAUGGCGACAACAUGCAUAGAUACAAGAGGGGCACGUACGAUCAGCGGAGCGCUUCCAUGGAAAAAGGCGCGGUUACGAACAGCACGGAUUGUGAGAAAUCCGCUGGCAACAACUUAGAAUCGAACAUCACCGACACGGGUAUCGAACCAGGAUGCAGCGACGUGCACAGCAGAAACACUGAACCGGAAAGAGAACAGGGCACCAAGGACUCAGGAGCUGACGUGUGCCCAACAAACAGUUCAUCGGGCGCGAGCAGCUUGCAGGCAGAAAGCGAGAUAACCAUCCAGAUUAACGGUCGAUGGAAGGAGAGCGCGAUUGCGCGUCUCAAGAUUCUCAAAUUUAUCGAAAAUUGCUUCGGCAACGACCUAAAAUUCAUAAACUGUGAGCGCACGUAUUUCAAUUUAGAGAACAAACGGCGCUACUACUAUGGAACCAAAAUAAAUUACAAGCUAGCUAUCACACAGAACACGUGCGAUAAGGAAAUUAUAUCACGGAGGAACUUUGACGACGUGUAUUUCUUCGAAAUUGAUACUGUCAAGCUGUUCUAUCUGUUUUAUUACCAUAAAAAGCAAAUAGAGGAUGUGCUGUGUUCAUACCACUCAUUUUUUGAAACUUCUAAGAUCAACAACACGUCUACCACGGUAAAACUGACCGGAAAAAACCACAAAAUUGUGCAAAAGGCAAUUAUGGGAAUGACCGAGGAUAUCUUCAAGGUUUUGGUCUCUGAAGUACCGUAUCCUAUACCCGAUACAUUCAUUUUCAAAACACAUGAGCGCUCCAUGAUUGUCGGCAAGAAGCCUAACAUCAUCGAAUUGCUCAAGUACAGGGACGUGUACUGCCACGUUCAGAUUGAACUGAGCAAGGAGCUCGAAGAGUUUCUCUGCGGAAAGAAAAACGGAAAGAUCAACCGCAUAAUCAAAGAUACGGGCACCAAAAUUAGUAUAACGGUGAACAAUGUGAUGACGAUCUACAUAUCGGGGCAGAGUGCAAAUGUCUCGGUGGCAAUUCACGCCGUGGAGAACGAAUUUCCCGAGGAGCUGGCAUUCCAUCUGAGCGAACGGCACCACAAGCGGAUAAUAGGCUUCGGAGGAAAGAACAUUCAGCGCAUCAUGAAGAAACAUGGCGUGUACAUCAAAUUCAUGAGCGAAUAUGAGCGGAGACAGAACAAUUACAGCGGUAAUGUCGUUGUAAAGACACCAAGAAAAAACCGGGAAGCUCUUGAGAAAAUGAAGAGUGAGAUUUUGAUGCUUGCGGACGAGAAGGAGUACAAGCGGGAGAUAGUGCAGAUCAGAAUAACCGUGUUCGAGUUUUUUCUCUUUUUUAUUGUGCGAGCUGUCGGUUAUAGAAUGCUGUUUGACGAGGUGAUAUUGUCGUUUAGCAGAGGCACGGACACGUUUCUGUUCAAGGACUACUUCUUGGAGGUGGACAAGACGCCUUUUGAAAACUUGCUGCUUGAGAGUGAGAAAGUGCGUGAAGAAGAAAUUUCAUGUGAUGCAGAAACGAAUGCCACGGAUGAGAAGGAGAGUGAUACUGAGAUAAAGGAAAGGGAGUUGUUGGUGGGGCAUGACGAGGAAAGGAAGUGUGAUGCAGGAGAUGGUAAAGAGAAUGGAGCGGGAGAAGCUUUAAAUGGUGACGGAGACUUGCCUGAGGACGAGUUUGGUGGACUUGGCCAUGGUCCUAGGGACGGGUAUGUACGAAAUUGUGCGUGGUCCAGCGACAAUGGGUCGUGGAGGCCGAGUGGUGGUACGUGCUAUGGCAAUAAAGCGAUAGCGAACGAAUACAGAGGAGUGUUAGGUGAUCAGCACUACGAAAAUAGCCAGGAAAGAAAUGUAAAGAAUGCCACACCUACCGAUACAUCCAACAUAAUGUGGUGCACGCCGUCCCAAGCUGGCGUAACUGGCAAACCAGAGAGCGAGAGAGGCCACAGAGCCGGGAAAAGUAUAAUUGAAGACAGCAAUGAAUUGGAGAGUAAAGAUCAAAGCGUGAUACAGGUGAAUAGACCAGCGAUUACAGGCAGUAAUCCAUCUGGAAAAUUAAUUGAUAUUAUGGACUGGGCUGUUCAAAAGCAGAAGGCUGAAUUAAACAUGGCGUAUCACGGCCAUUCUGAUACCACCGUGAAUAACAAAGGAAAGGACGCCUCCGAUCUGAGCGGUAAUUCGUUACGCCCUCAUACAGCGUGUAUGAAAAAGAUAAAACUAACUAACACAGAAAUAAAUGCAGCGGGAGGCACGCCAUCGAAAAUGGAUGGCAACAACACUGCUUUUGAUGGUGCAUUUGACCGAAAAAAAGUCGUUUGGGAUGAAGAAGAAAGGCGAUAUCAUACAAACGGCAGUGUUCCCGUGAACGGUUCACCGGGAUGCGGUCGGCAAUUACCAAUAAGCGAGAAAGCUACGAGCUAUGUGGCGAACGAUGCGUUCUCCGCUGAAACUGCCGAUCAAGAUGCAGCUGUUAAAUUGAACAACGUUCAAAAAGAUGGUACAGACGGCAAGGAGAACGAAAAAAGAAGUCCGUUUAAUGCCGAUGAGGAGCUCAGCUCUACAUCGGGUAGCAGCAAUAAACCCGCGAAUUCGGCUGAAAUGAAGGGCAAAACUGCAAAGCAUGCCAGUUCAGCAAAGAAUGACCUGGGAAGUGGGGAAGAGCACCGAUAUUAUGAUUUGAAUGCCGAUUGCAGCAACAAAACAGCUGCUGUUAUCCCAGAAAGCUCAAUUAUCAACGCAACGGGCAGCUUCAUUGAUGAGAAUUUACAACGCAUGCAGUACGUGAAUGACGAGACGAUGAAAAUCGUUAGCCAUAUCAACAGCAUCAUGUCAACAACCGGAAAUAUCAGCACAAUCAGUCUGAGUGGCAUAUGCACGGAAAGUAUGAUCAGGGACAUUAAUGAUGUGGUGGGACUCAGCAACGCCAAGAAAGAGUUUUACUUUGAUAUCUUGGGAAAGAGAGAGAAACUCAUAAAGAAGAUUUCGCCGUUUUAUUAUCAAAUAGGAAAGAACUACAAGUGCACGUUCGCGUUUGCACACGCCAUUACCCUGAAAGACGGCUCCUUUUUUCUGCGCAGUUUCCAGCAGAUUGAGCAGCAUCAAGACGGUGUGAGCACCCUGAUACACAUAAACGCGCUGAAAUGGUGCGAGGAACGGAAACUAGCAUUCAAAAUUUUUCAUUCCCAGCUUUUCUACUCAUACGAAAAUUCAUUAAAUGAGUCUAAGAUUGGUGACGAAGCGGGUUCUAGCGACAACGGGCCCAAGAUAGGGUCGUUGCUGACCGUUGGAUUUGAGAAGGGAAAAAAACAAUCUUCGAUGAGGUAA